UAUCGUGAAGGAGAUACAUUGCAUGGAUUUACUGUUCAAAAAAUUGUCGAUGUGGAAGAUUUAAAUCUAACAACCAUACAAUUAGUUCAUGAUAAAACGAAAGCUCGAUAUAUACAUGUAGCUCGUAAAGAUACUAAUAAUGUGUUCAGUGUAGCCUUUCGAACUACACCGAUGGAUCAUACCGGCGUACCGCACAUACUGGAACAUACGGUAUUGUGUGGCUCUGAAAAGUUUCCGUGUCGUGAUCCUUUCUUUAAGAUGCUAAAUAGGUCUUUGUCGACAUUUAUGAACGCGUGGACAGCCAGCGAUUACACCAUGUACCCAUUUUCGACUCAAAAUUCCAAGGACUUUCAAAAUUUAUUAUCGGUUUACCUUGAUGCCUCCUUCUUUCCGCGCCUAAGGAAAUACGACUUUAUGCAAGAAGGAUGGCGCUUAGAGCACGAAGAUGUGAUGAAUCCGAAAUCACCUAUUGUCUUCAAGGGAGUCGUUUUUAACGAGAUGAAAGGAGCUCUGCAAAAUCAAGAUUACCUGUUUUCGGUUCAACUGCAACGUAGCUUGCUCCCUGAUCAUACAUACUCAUAUGUCAGUGGAGGAGAUCCUAAUCACAUUCCGCUGUUAACGUGGGAUGCACUGAAACAAUUUCACGCGUCGCAUUAUCAUCCCAGUAACUCUGUGUUCUAUACAUAUGGCGAUAUUCCACUUGAAAAUCAUUUAAAGAUCAUCAAUGACGAAGCUCUUAGUAAAUUUGACGCAAUAGAAACAAACACUGAAGUCCCUUUUCAAACUCGGUGGCUGGAACCGCGAACAAAAAAGGUUAGCUGUAAACCGGAACCGUUAGCACCGAAUCCAGCCAAGCAAACAACCGUUAGCGUCAGCUACUUAUUAAAACAGAAUACAGAAGCUUACGAUAAUUUAGUCUGGAAUAUUUUGUCAUACUUAAUGCUUAAUGGCCCUCAAGCACCUUUUUACAAGGCUUUAAUUGAAAGUAAUAUUGGUCUAAAUUAUUCACCUAGCGUUGGCUUUGAUGCAGGAAUUAAAGAAACAGUAUUUUCUGUUGGCUUACGUGGCAUAUCUGAAGAUGAUAUUGAUAAAGUUAUUUCCAAAAUUGAUGAAACAAUAGAUCGCGUUAUUGAAGAUGGAUUUGAUCAAGAUAGAAUUGAUGCUGUCCUACAUCUAAUUGAAUUAAGCUUGAAACAUCAAACGACUCAGUUUGGUUUAGGCUUAGCUGCUAACUUAAUGCCAACAUGUGUGCAUGACGGAGAUCCAGUACCUACCCUACAAGUUAAUAGGAUGGUUGAUAAAUUUAUGGUAUGUGAACUGAAUGGUGGUCAGUUACUGCAAGAUAUUGUCAAAACUCAAUUGAAAGAUAAUAAACAUCGUUUGGUCUUGGUUAUGAAUCCUUCGGCACGUCAAUUUAAUAUUUUGUGUCACUAUAUGACCUAUAACAAUCUGCUGAAGGAGAAGACUGUUUCACUAUCAGAAGAUGAAAAGAAAUUGAUUUACGAACAGGGCCUAUCUUUGCUCGAGCGACAAAAUGAGGAAGAGGAUUUGUCAUGUUUACCAACUUUAUCAAUAUCUGGUUGGUUAAAUAGUUCUCCACAUUCCUUUUUUAACUUGAUUACCUUAGGAGGAACUUUCGUUCAAUUUUCGAAUCAACCCACCAACGGAAUGACGUAUUUGACAAUGUUCUGCAGUACUGCUAAUCUGCCGGAUAAUCUAAAACCAUAUCUACCAUUGUUUUGCGAUGUUCUCACAAAAGUCGGUGCUGGAAACAGAGACUACCGGGAAAUUUCUCGUGAUAUCGAACGUUACAGCGGUGGUUUCUUUGCUGGUCCUACUGUAUUUUGCCACCACAGUCAUGGUAACAAAUUUGAACAGGGGGUAAUGAUGAAUUCGUAUUGUUUAAAUAAAAAUUUGAUGAACAUGCUGUCUAUUUGGGAAGAUAUAUUUACGGAACCGGGACUGGAUGAUCGUGACCGGUUACGUACUCUGGUUCAAGUUUUAUCGUCUAACUUGUCGGCUGGUGUGGUCCAAUCUGGACAUGCAUUUGCGAUGACGUCUGCCGCUAGUCACUUAUCUGCUGCUUCACAACUUAAAGAGCAAUUAACGGGCUUGUCUCAAGUUAACCAUAUUAAAAAUAUCGCUGCCAAGGACGAUAUGGACAGCUUAGCUAACGUUUUGACAAAUAUUGCGGCUCAUGUAUUAUCAAAUUCUGAAAUGAGAUGUGCUGUAAACGUUAACCCAGAUGACAGGCCUGCUACUGAGGAAGUGCUAGAAGGAUUUUUAUCUACCUUACCAUUGAAUAGCUCAGAUGUAGAUACCCAUACUGAGGUCGAUGAAUUUCUUCCUCAGCAAAUCAAAACACAUCAUGAGUUUCCAUUCCCGGUAAAUUAUGCUGCGAUGUGUUUUCCAACUGUUCCAUACACAAAUCCUGAUGAACCUAAGUUGAGGAUAUUGGCUAGAUUAUUAACGAAUAAAUAUCUUCACAAGGAAAUUAGAGAAAAGGGUGGAGCUUACGGUGGCGGUGCUCGACAUAAGGAUCAAGUUUUUUCCUUUUACUCAUAUAGGUUUGUAGACGCUCCAGUAGCUCCAUCAGAUAAAGGGUCUAGGAUAUUUUACUACGGAAUUACGGAUGAUAUGUUUCAAUCUUAUCGCCGUCAAUUAAAGAGUGUGUCUGCGGAUGAUAUUGUUGAUGUAGCCCAAAGAUAUAUUACACCUCAAAAGUGUGCCCACGCGGUUUCCUUGAUUGGACCACACAAUGAAGUUAUUAGUAAAGAUUCAACAUGGCGAAAACAUAAGGAAGAGUAA